GAGCGGGUGUCUGCGGAUUAUAGGCCGCGCCAGCCAGCGCUUCUCUUUCUGUGGAGCCAAUACUAUUCCUUUAUCUCCUCAGCGCCUGGCAGGCAGGUGUGGGGGGACUGAGAGUGGGGUGUCACAUUGUGUGCCAAUAAUGAUGGCCACAUGGGAUGGAGGAGGGGGGACGUCACACUUCUCUUCUGGCUCCAUUGUGUGAUUGGUUACUCUACACCUGGCCGCUGAGCAUGCUGGGACUUCUACACUGGCUCAGAUUUCAAGUGUAUUGAGGAUUUUGGCGGAUGCAGCUUUCUCACUUCUUUGGACUUCGUAGUGCCCAGACCAGAUGAAAUAGUAACAUAACUCAGACACAAUGGCCUCUGAAGCUAAAAUGGAUAUUGAAAUGCCGCUUUUAAUACUGUACAAAAUACGGACAAGCCGCCUGUCGCAGAACAAAGAGCAGCAGAGGGGCGGGAGAAAUGCAGCGAAAAAGAGACGCGUUUACUUGCGAAACGAAAGGAAGUUCCCCAACCGAGUAAAUCUCCUUGAUCUGAACGAAGAAGAGAUUAAAGCGAGAUAUCGAUUAUCCUCCGCAGCCAUUCAGUCCCUCUUUGAAAAAGUAAAAGAAAACUUAAAUCCCAAAACAGAGCGAAGCCACGCCAUUCCGGGCAUCGUCAAGUUACUGUGCGCGCUACACUUUUUCACCAGUGGCUCUUUCCAGAACAGCGUCUCCACAGCCGGCGGCAUCACCCAGUCCAGCUUCAGCCGAUUCCUCUUCCAAGUCAUACAGGCCAUAGUGAACUUGUACAAAGAGUACAUUAGUUUUCCUAAUGACCCAGCCUCACUGAAAGCAGUCAAACGGUCCUUCAUGAGUGUAGCGGGAUUCCCGAAUGUCAUCGGGGCCAUCGAUUGCACCCAUGUUGCCUUAUCGCCCCCGUCCGAAAAUGAAUACAUCUAUCGGAAUGAAAAGCACUUCCAUUCGUUGAAUAUGCAAGUCGUCGUGUCGUACAACAUGAAGAUUAUCGACGUGGUGGCCAAGUUCCCUGGUUCCACUGAAGACUCCUACAUAUUAAGUCAGUCUGGGCUUCAUCAGCGUUUCGAGAAUGGGGAAUUUGGAUCUGGAUGGUUGUUAGGUGAUAACAUGUAUGGCCUAAAGCCUUGGCUCAUGACUCCCAUUAAUAAUCCUAAAACCCGGGCAGAGAAAAAAUACAAUCACGCUCAUUCUACGACGCGCUCAACAAUCGACCGUACGUUUGGAAUGCUUAAAACCCGAUUCGGAUGCCUGGAUAAAUCGAAAGGGGUUUUGCUUUACUCCCCUGAGAAAGUCUGUAAAAUAUUUUUCGUCUGCUGCAUACUUCACAACAUUGCCAUGAAUGAAAACGACGACUUGGAAAUAAUCGAGGAGUAUGCUCAGCAUGAAGAAAUAAACACGGAGCCCUUCGAAGAUGAUACGGACGAAGGAGGCGUUCUACGAGAGAAGUUGAUACUGGAUCAUUUUUCAGACUAAACCUCGGUCAAGAAACACUAGAAGAACCGUGAACAAAAAUAACCACAACAAUAAUAAUAAAAAAAAAAGAAAAACAAAGAAGAAACUUUUUAGUAAACACAAUUAGUUCUCUGUUAAAAUCUGACUUUUGCUUUUUCGAUUCUUCAUGUACCGGAUCCUUUCUAUGAGUGCAAGUGUUAAUAGUUCAUAAUUGUGUUUUUGAAAAGUUAAAAUGUAAAUAGUACACGCUUCUAUAUUUUUGUUAAA